AUGUCUCGACUGUGUCUGCCAUCGGAGCAAGAGCUGAAGCUCGACCAGCCCGUCCCCUUCUCGGUGCGUUUUGACAAGGAUCUUGUUGAGACGACUCGACAGAAACUUGAUUUGGCUCGCUAUCCAUCCGAACAGAGUGACUUUGGACCCAAUGACUGGUCUCAGGGUGCCAAGGUCGCCCAAGUGCAGCGGCUCGCUCGGUACUGGAGAGACGAGUAUAGCUGGGAGAAGCAGGAGGGAUAUAUUAACAACGUGUUCAAUCACUAUCUAGUCAAGAUCCAAGUGCCAGGAUAUGGGCCCUUGGUUCUGCACUUUACGCAUGCAAAGUCGACAACCUCGAGUGCUAUUCCGCUGCUAUUCUCCCAUGGUUGGCCAGGGUCUUUCAUGGAAGCUUCCAAAGUCGUCGGCCGCCUCAGCACUCCGGAAAAGCCAACCGAUCCGUCCUUCCACGUCGUUGCACCAUCGAUCCCCGGGUUUGGCUUCUCACCAGCCCCAGCCAAGUCGGGGGUUGGUCCCGAGAUUACAGCUCGGGCCUUCAAGAUUUUGAUGACGGAUGUGCUUGGGUAUAAAUGGUUUGUUACGCAGGGGGGCGACUUUGGAUCCUUCAUCACGAGAUCUGUGGCGAUCCAGUUCCCAGAGGUUGUGUGUGCUCAGCAUCUCAACAUGUUCCCUGUACCGCCCCCAACCCUGUGGUCAGCUCCACUGGCCUAUCUCCGAUGGUGUCUGUCCGGAGUCCUAUACUCUGACUUUGAACACGAGGCGUUACGUGUCAGGAAAAACUUUGAGCUGGAUCAGAGUGGAUAUCUGGAGCAGCAGAGAACAAGACCUCAGACGCUUGGCUUUGCUCUGGGUGAUUCACCCGUUGGUUUGCUGGCCUGGUUCGUCGAAAAGUUUCACGACUGGGGCCACGUUUCUGAAGCUUUCGACCCCGAGACCAUCACUACGCUUGUGGUGAUGCACUGGAUCCAAGGGGCAACUCCGGGUCUGCGAUUCUACCGCGAAGCCUUUGGGCCAGGACGAGAGGCUGAGAGGACUUUUGAGACGUACGUCGGUUGCCCUACCGGCGUGAGCAUGUAUGCCAAAGAGCAGCUCCAUUGCCCAAAGGAUUGGGCACAGCAGGCUGCCAAUAUCCAGUAUUGGAGGGAGUAUGGAACUGGGGGCCAUUUCUCGUCCCUCGAGUGCCCCGACCUUUUUGUUCAAGACAUGAGAACGUUUUUCUCUUCCGACUCGGUCAAGAGGUCUAUCAAGAAGAUGCAGUCAUAG